CUGCUGCAAGUGCCCUUGAGCAAGCGUCCCUACACCAGGCUGACCUCUGACCUCUGAAGGGAACAAGCUUCCCCUGCAGUGCAUGUGGGAGAAGAGGAGGAAACUAAGUGUGUGGAGUAAGUGGGGAUGGGUGAAGAAGGGGUGUGGGCUGGAGGGUGUCGCUGGUGAUGUCACACCUCCCAGACAGCCACGAUUGGACCCUAAUUAGAAAGCUCGGCAGCAAAUAGAUAGGAGCCAUGCAUGGUUGAAUCCAAAGUGGCUGAUGCCAAACAUUUCUAGUCGGGAGAGGAGCGGGAGGACCGGAGCCGCUGCGCUGAGAACAGUCUGUGUGUGUGUGUGAGCUGGAGUUACAGAGGUGAUACACGAACAGCAAGACGCACACACUCCUCCCUCCCUCUCCACGCUGGUUCGCAGGGAGAGCCGAAAUAGUCCCGAGUCUACGUCAAACCUUCUGCGUUAUCGCACAGCAACGGAGGCUGGAAGCGACACAAAGUACAAAGCAAGAGUCGAGCCGCCCGAGUCCUCCCAAGUUGUCCCUGCGCUUCGCUCCAAAGCAGGCGAGGGGCUGCAUGCGCCGAUGGCAUCCGUACUUGGAAACAGCAGCCGCGCGUCCGGGGCUCAGGGCGGCCAGGUGAAAUGCAAGCUGAAGAGGAGGAGGAGGAGGCGAUCGAAGAGAAAAGAGAAAGUCAGUAUGCUGUCAGCAUUGAUCGCUCCCUUCAAGUACAUAAGCCCUGGGACCAGCAGCACAGAGGACGAGGACAGUUUAAGUACCAGCAGCGCAGAGGUAAAGGAGAACCGUAACAUCGGUAACUUAGAGGAUCGCACCAUAGGAUCUGCAGAGUGCCAGUCGCUUUUCUGCUCCGACUCUACAAGAAGCGGCGGCUCUGGACUGAAGAGGAAACGGCCGCUGGAGGAAGACAACAAUGGCCACUUUUGUCACCUCCGUCUCAUCUAUAAGAAACUGUCCUGGUCUGAGGCUCCAAAGAACGCUCUAGUGCAGUUGAAUGAGCUGCGGCCGGGCCUGCAGUACCGCAUGGUAUCGCAGACAGGCCCCGUGCAUGCCCCGGUCUUCUCCAUCGCUGUGGAGGUGAAUGGGCUGACUUUCGAGGGCACGGGCCCCACAAAGAAGAAAGCUAAGAUGAGGGCUGCAGAGUUGGCCCUCAAGUCUUUCAUCCAGUUCCCUAACGCUCCUCAGGCUCACCUCGCCAUGGGAAACAUCUCCAAUCCUUCCGCUGACUUCACCUCAGACCAGGCGGACAUCCCUGACACACUUUUUAAGGAAUUUGAGUCCUCGCCUUGCUCUGAUGGCCUCUCGCUCUGCAACUCCGCCGCUGAGAGCGAGUUGCUAUCGAGCGAGCUACUGAGACAUGGACGGUUGCUUCGCCACACCUUGGACCUGAUGGUGCAGGCGCAGCAGAGGCUGGGUGGAAUUGUUCCAGAGCCCGAAGCCCCCAAGAGUCCUGUGGCGUUGUUAAAUGAGCUCCGGCCGGGCCUGCGCUACGCCUGCCUUUCGGAGCGAGCCGAAGGCCGACGGCUGCAUAGCUUUGUGAUGGCGGUGCGCGUGGACGGGCGGAUAUUUGAGGGCUGCGGUCGCAGCAAGAAGCUGGCCAAGACCCAGGCGGCCCAAUGUGCUCUUCAGGCCCUCUUCAACAUCAGGACGGCCCCUGAGGGGAGGACAGGCCUCAAAGCCAGCAGGAAGACUUGUCCUCAUUUACCCCAGGACUUUGCCGAUUCGAUAUUCCACUUGGUGAGGGAGAAGUACCGGUCGCUGGUGGGCGGCUGCAGUCCUGCGCACGCACGACACAAAUCCCUGGCAGGCAUCGUAAUGACCCAAGGACUGGACCUGAGGCACGCCCAGGUGGUGGCCUUAUCCACGGGCACCAAGUGCAUCAAUGGCGAGUAUCUGAGUGACCAGGGGCAGGUGGUCAAUGACUGUCACGCUGAAGUCACGGCCCGGAGAGCCCUGCUCCGCUUCCUCUACUCUCAACUUGAACUCUUCUUGAGUAAAAGGCCAGAGGACUGGGAGGAUUCGAUAUUCAUGCGGCACAAGGAGUGCGGCUUCAGGUUGAGAGACGAUGUCCACUUCCACAUGUACAUCAGCACGUCACCGUGUGGCGACGGGAGACUCAACUCGCCCUAUGAAAUCACCACUGACCUACACAGCAGCAGACACCUCAUGAGGAAGCACCGAAACCACCUGCGGACCAAAAUCGAGUCCGGGGAGGGAACAGUGCCGGUGCGAUGUCGGGGGGCGGUCCAGACUUGGGACGGCGUCUUACAGGGCGAGCAGCUCAUCACCAUGUCCUGCACCGACAAGAUCACCAGAUGGAAUGUCCUGGGCCUGCAGGGGGCGCUGCUGAGUCACUUCCUGGAGCCCGUGUACCUGCACAGCGUGACCGUCGGCAGCCUGCGCCACACGGGCCACAUGGGCCGAGUUCUGAACCAGCGGCAGGAGCGGCUCGGACCCCUGCCCGCCACGUACAGACGCAACCAGCCGCUGCUCAGUGGGCUGAGCAGUGCCGAGUACCAGCAGCCAGGAAAGGCCUCGUGCGUGAGCGUCAACUGGACGCUGGGCGACGUGCAGCUGGAGGUGGUCAGCACGGCCACGGGACGGAGACGGGACUCAGGGACCCCCUCGCGUAUCUGCAAGCACGCCCUGUUCACCCGUUGGAGCAGACUGUACCGCAAGUUGGGGAUCCACGUGUCCGGCUCAACGGACCACCACCUCCUGUACUGCGAGGCAAAGAUGGCGGCGCGCCCCUAUCAGACAGUGAAGCAGCAGUGGUUCAGAUCUCUGCAGGAAACGGGCCUCGGCACCUGGGUGAAGAAACCGCCUGAGCAGGAACAGUUCCUGCUGGCGGUCUGAAGAAGAGUGUGUGUGUGUGUAUGUGUGUGUGUGUGUUAGAGAGAGCGAGAGAGAAAAAGCAGAAGUGUUUGUUUAACCUUUAUUUUUUUAGUAAGACAACUCUGUGCUCCUCACCGACAUCGUGUUUCACAACCUUCACACCCGAAUGUUUCAACCCCUAAACUCAUCACCACCGUCAUUCACCCGCAUCGAGAGGAAGGUUGGCAGCACGGGCCGAAAAGGAAAAAGGUACCAACAAUAAUCGUUUAGACCCACGAACGCACACAUUUAAGCAAACACACACCUAAAUACCCCACCUCUCUGUCUGUCAGGGAAGGGUGGGGUAACCUUGAGCAGAAUGAAAGACAGCCGCUAUCUUGUCAUCAGCUAUUUCCGGGCCCCAAGGCUCCCGCUGAGGAGCCGAGCCACGGGGGAGAGAGAGAGAAAGGGAAAGAAAGAGAAAGGGAGAGAGAGAGAGAGGAGUCCACGUCCAAUUACCAGCCCUGUCAGGGUGAUGGCUGAUAGAGGAAGAGGAAGGAAAAAGAGAGAGUGAGAAAAAGAGACCUGCUUCAGACCUCCUCACCUUCCCCUCACUCUCUCAUUUCUUUCGUCUUCCCCGACUCACCCCUUGACUUCCGACUUCCCUCCCUCUUUUGUCUCCCUCCUUUGCCCUCUCUCCAUUUUCUUCUUACCGCCAUCUAUUUCCCUCGCCUCCUCUUUGUCACUCUCUCUCCUGCCUCUCAUCCGACGGAUUUCCACAUGACAGGUUAAUACACCCUCUUUUUUUACCCCCGUUCUCACCCCACUGGGCAGAGAGGAGGAAUAGAAACGUGGUGAGGUAUGUAAACACGGCCAUUACAGCGCUCUACAAAGUACAAACGGAGGUAAUGCCGGUGAAGAAGGAGGUGUAUUUUCUUGUUUUCCCUCUCUGUUUAUCUCUGUUCCCUCCUUCUCUUUUGACCUCAGCUUGUCCUGUUCUGUUUUUCCAAACACCUGAAUCACCAAUAAGAGUGAGUUUGGGUUGUGACUCAUUAGUGAGGCCUCGUUGACCUCAUCGACUCGUGCUCCCUCGCCGUGUCAAGACCGCCCUGAGCCGAUAACAGUCGAGGUGGCGUGCAGCUUUGCUCAGCACUUUGGUCGACUUCACUUUUAAACGCCAUCUUCCCAACACGUAGGCGUUAUUAGAUUCACAACUGCGAUGUGACUCUAGAUCCAUGUACAUUUGUACCUCCCACUGAUUUUUGCAUAUUUCUCGAUGUAAACAUACAAGCCAGCUAAAUGUUCAUAUGAAUUACGAUCAUGACUUGUGUAGUUGUGUCCCUGUUCUCUUGAAGGUACUGAAAAUGAAUAGAAGGCGUCACCAGCUCGGCCCAGUCAGUGGCAAUAUCCAAAUAGUGAGAGCGACAUCUAGUGGUACACUUCUGUCUUCUUUUGGUUUUCCUCUCCUGCCCCUGCUGAUGCUGGGAACUUCACAAACUCCAGUGAGGAUACAGUUGAACUGUGAGUCUGAAAAAUAAGCUCUUUGGUGGAGGGAUGAUUUUACACACAAAGCAUUGAACUGAGAAUAGGACCCACAUGUGAACUGCUUCUGUUUUCUUUGUAAUUUUUUCAAAGGCCAAUCAGUUUUUAUCAGUUCUGCAUUUAAAGAGGUAUGAAUUUGAUUUUUUUUUUUUUUAAGCCCCUGAAAAUCGGAUUUCAAAUUUGAAGUAUUACUCACUAUUAUUGGAUAUUCUGUUGAAAAAGAAUGUCUUCAUAAAAUUUGUUGGGUGGUUAACUGUCAAAACUGGGUUGGCUGCUGUUUGAUCAGAUUCUGUCCUGACUCCUUUAUUUAAGAAUGUGACAAAACUUUUUUUAAAUGAGGCCCCACAGUUAAACCAGUACCAAGAGAAUACAUAAGAUUUUCAUGUUAAAUAUCCAAAACAUUUUAAA